GUAUUAUUUUCAUAUAAAAGGAUUGCGAAGGAAUCAGAAAGGCACACUUCUAAGACCGAUCAAGUCCAAGAUGUGGUCACGAAUCCUCCUCUGCUGUCUCGUCGGCCUUGCCGCUGCCUCCAACAACCAUGGAUGGCAAAACAACAAGGAGUACGUCUACAAAGUACAAGGACGUACUCUUACCGGCUUGCAAGACGUCGCUAACGAAUUCUCCGGAAUUGUUAUGAAGGGCAACUUGGUCAUCCGCCCGCAAAGCGAAGGCAAGUUGAUGGCUAAGAUCGUCGAUGCCAAAUACUCCCAAGUGCACUCCCACCUUAAGAACGGAUGGAAGAGCGAAAUCCCAGAGUCCAAAUUGCAAUACCAGCAAUUGCCACUCUGCGACAAGCCCUUCGAAAUCCAAAUGCAAAACGGUGUCGUUCGCGCCAUCGUUGUCAGCAAGGAUGUACAAACCUGGGAAUCUAACAUCAUCAAGAGUUUUGUCAGCCAAAUUCAACUUGAUGUGCAAGGCGAAAAUGUUGUCAACAGCCACAUGAAUCAACUUCCAGAAGCUGAUUCCGACAGCGCUGUUUUCAAAACUAUGGAAGAAACCGUGACCGGCAAGUACGAAACUUUGUACGAAAUCUCUCCACUGCCCGAAUAUGUCUUGCAAUCCCAACCAUGGCUCGUCCCGAUGCCAGAACUUAAGAACGACGGUGAAUUCAUCGAAGUUGUUAAGAGCAAGAACUUCAGCCGCGGAGAGGAACGUCUUGGAUAUUACUACGGACUUGGAAGCAUGGGUCGCUUCGAACCAAAUACCAACAAGAUGGGUGAUUUCUUCACUCGCUCCGCCAACAGCCGUGCCGUCAUCUCUGGAAACUUGAAACGCUUCACCAUCCAAUCUUCCGCUUCUACCAACAAGAUGAUCUUGCGUCCAACUCUCAACAGCCAAGAAAAAGGCAUGGUUGUCAGCCACUUGAACCUCACACUUUCCCGUGUUCAAGAAGCCUCCAGUUCCUUCGAACAACUCCAUGAUGGCCAAAAACUUAACUCUCUUACUUACACUUUCAACAUCCCAUUCGGAAGCAACAAGCAACAACAACAACAAAAGUUCAUGUACUCUUCUGGAGAACGUCAACACUACAGGUCCCCACGCUCUCUCAGGUUCAAUUCUGAAGAAUCUCAAUCUGAAUCUGUUGAAUCUCAAGAAAGUUGGGCCCAAGAAGAAUCCGAAUUGCGUCAACCACCUCAAUCCCCUCUUCUUCCAUUCACCAUGGGGUACAAGGGAAAGAACAUCAAGAAAUCUGAACAAGUUGAUGCUGUUGAAAGCGCCAAGAAGUUGGCCCAACAAAUUGGAAAGGAAUUGCAAAAACCAGAAGAAAUCGCCCAAGAGCAAUCUCUGGCCAAAUUCAUUGUUUUGACCUCCCUUAAUCGCAUCAUGACUGAAAAGGAAAUGGAACAAGUUGCUGAGCAACUCUACACCAAGGAAACUCAAGGACCAAAAGCUGAAGCUUGGUUUGUGUUCCGCGACUCUAUAGCCCAAUGCGGCACUGGCCCAGCUUUGUUGACCAUCAACCAAUGGAUCAAGACUGAGAAAAUCUCUUACGAAGAAGCUGCUCAAAUUAUUUCCACCAUGGCCCAAUCUGUCCGUCAACCAACUGAAGAAUACAUGCGUACCUUCUUCCGUCUUGCCACCAAGGAACAACAAAUCAAAUCUCAAGCUAUCCUCAACGACACCGCACUGUUGUCUUUCACCACCCUUGUUCGCAAAGUCUACGUUAACAAACAUGUUUCCCAUAACCAAUUCCCAGUUCACAGUUUCGGAAAAUUCCGUACUGAGAGUGGAAAGAGGUUCGUCGAACAAGAAGUUAUCCCAGAAUUGAAGCAACAACUUCAACAAGCUAUUCAAUCCGCUGAUAGCCACAAGAUCUUGGUCUUCGUCCGUGCUCUUGGAAACGUUGCCCACGAAUCCAUUCUUGCCAUUUUCGAACCAUAUCUUGAAGGACACAAGCAAGUUUCCCAAUUUCAACGCUUCCACAUGGUGCUCGCCUUAGAUAAAUUUGUUAAGGUUAAGCUGAUCAAGGCCAGGUCUGUCUUGUAUAAGAUUUACCAAAACCAAGGAGAACUUGAACAAAUUCGUGUUGCUGCUGUUUACCAACUCAUGCGUACCUGCCCACCAGCUAGCAUGCUCCAACGUAUGGCUCAAUUCACCAACGUUGAUACUCAUGAACAAGUCAACGCUGCUGUUCAAUCUGCCAUUCGUAGUGCCGCUACAUUGGAAGGACAAGAUUACAAAAUUUUGGCUGAUAAUGCCCGUUCUGCUGAACCUCUUCUUACCAAGAAAAACUAUGGAGCUCAAUACUCCAAGGACAACCUCCACAGUUUCGUCCAAAAAGAAAUGUCCAUGUUCUACAUACAAAACAUUCAAUCUUUCGGUAGCCGUGACAGCAUUAUUCCAAGAGGAAUCAGUUACGCUCUCCGCAAUACUCUUGGUGGAGCCAAGCAUGAACUCAUUAACACCCAAUAUAUGAUUUCCAACAUCGAUGAACUUAUCAAUGUCUGCGAAAGACUUUCCCAAAAACAUCAACACCAACAAAAGCAACAGCAACAGAACUUCCAGCAAGCUCAAAACAAUCAAUGGUCCAGCGAAUCUAUCUCCAAAUUGCUUAACAUGAAGACCAGUGAACGCGAACAACUUGAAGCUUCAUUCUAUUUGCAACUCUCCGGAGGUGCCACUCGUUUCUUCACCUUGAACAACCGCACUGUAGAACUUAUCCCAAGGGUUCUCCGUGACAUCGAAGAAUCUCUUGCCAAUGGAAAAGAAAUCCAAUACACUAAAGUUUGGAAUAGCCAAGAAAUCGCCAUCAGUUUCCCAACUGAAAUGGCCUUCCCAUUCAUCUACACUCUUGAUGCCCCAACUGUCAUCCGCAUCCAAGGACAAGUCCGUGCCCAAGCUCAACCACGUUUCAGCAAUGGAGAUAAACUCAACAAGCCAGAAACUGUUUCCGUUGAAUCUGAUAUCCACGCUCUUGUUUCUACCAAGAUCCAAGCUAGAUUUGGUUUCAUUACUCCUUUCGAUCACCAACAAUACAGCAGCGGUUUCGACAAGAACGUCCAAGUCAACCUUCCAUUAAAAUCUAAAUUGAAUGUUGAUAUCAAGAAACAAAACAUCAAUAUGGAACUUCAACCAAGCAAGCCAGAGAGAGAUGCUCAAAUCUUCCACUACAGCUCUUGGCCAUACACCGCCAAACACAACAUCCUCAACUUGGAACCACUUUCCAAGCAACACAACACUAAGGUUAUCCGCACUCAAGAACAGCCACAAACUCAAUUCCACGGACUCUUCGGAAAGCAGACUGGUAUGGCUUUCCGUGUUCAAUACACCUCUGAACAAAGAUUCUUUGAUGCCCGUUGGGUUUACGAACAACUGAGCCGUCAAGAUUUGGUUUCUGCCUUCUUGGCUCCAAUGAACGACGAAUCUAUUUUGUACACUGACAUCAACGUUAAAUACAUCUCCAACGAAUCUUCUGCCCGUAAAGUUCAACUCCGUCUUGCUUUCCAACACAAGACUGAACAAGAAGGCCAACAAACCGAGAUCAACAUUAAGGAAUUCAACAACCUUCCUCAAGAAGUUGAAGCCCGUCAAGCCAAAUUCUCCAAAAUGGCUGCUUCUGGAAUCAAAAACGCUGAAAUCUGCACCUGCGAUAUGGCUGUUCAGUUUGAUGGACACAACAAGGUUCAUUAUGCUGCUACCGCUGCCUUCGCCAAGAGUCUAGUUGAUGACAAAUCUCGCGUUCUCUUCUUCGCAAAGAAAGAAUCUGCAAACCACCAAGAAUGCAAACCAUUCGAAUUUGCUGUCGCCGUUAAGGCUCGCAUUCCAAACACCAACGGACUCAACUACCAAUAUGCUUUGGACUUCUCUCCAAAGGUUACCGCCCAAUUUGAAUUUGUUUUCGGCAAAAACUUGCAAAGCUCUAACCAAAUCAACGUUCAUGCUCAAUACGACAAGAGCGAGAGUCGCAGAAGGUUCUUGAAGAAUCACCCACGCUCCCAAGAAUGCCGCCGUGAGAUGGAACAAGAAAACUACCAACUUCCAGCUUGCGCUAACAUGACCCAAGAGGCCAACCUUUUAGAUCGUGUCCAAGUUCAUGUUCAAUUUGAAAACAUGAGCCAAAACAUGCGCAACAUGACCUACAAGUUAUACAACGCUAUUCGUUACAUGGGAUACUACAACCUCGAUGAGAACAGAGUCGACCCACAAAACGAUGUUAAGGAAAACCAAAUUGAAAUGGAAGCCCGUUUUGAUGCCGAUUUCCAAGCCGUCAACGUCUCCUUUAAAACUCAAGAGAUGAACUCCCGUUUCGAAAAUGUGCGUUUGAACAAAUGGGUUAAAAAAAUCGUUGUUGGUCACCCAGUUUUCACUAAGAAGCAACGCGUUAUGAGCGAAAUCCUUGGCUACGAUACCUUCUUGCCAUUCUGCGUUGUUGACAAGAAUGCUGCUAACACUCUUGACAACAAGACCUAUCCAAUCAAUCUUGGAAACUCCUGGACCGUUAUGAUGCAAUACGUCCCAACUUUCGCCAGGGUUCAUCACCAUCAACAAAAGCACCAAGAACAACAAGAGGAACUUCAAACUGAGCAACACGCUGUUUUCGUCCGCGACGACAAAUCUGGACACGGAAAGGAAGUUAAAAUUACUCUGCGCAACGCCCGCACCCAAGCUCAAUUGGUCGAGGUCGACAUCCAACCUCAGGGACAACGUUCCGGUCCAUGCGCCAAGAUCACCAUCAAUGGAAAGCAAAUCCAAUACAACAUCAAACAAGUUACCGUUGUUGAAGGUGGUUUGAUCAAGGUAUAUGGUCUUCCAAACGAUGAGGUUAAGAUCGAACUCGAAGACAACUACUACAUCAUCUACGAUGGUGAACGCGUCAAGCUUACUGUUGUUGACAACAAAUUCCGUGGAUCCGUCCGUGGUCUUUGCGGUACUUUCACCGGUGAAAAAUCUGACGAUUUCCUUACCCCAAGGAACUGCAUCCUCCGCGAUCCACGUGAAUUCGCCGCCACCUACACCAUUGAACGUAAGGGACAUAACCAAGAAUUCCAUUCCCGUGCCCAGAAGUCUCCAUGCUUCAGACAAGAAGUCAUCUACGCUAACGUCAUUUCCGACAUUGAUGCUGGACGUGUUUCUCAACCAUUGAGCCACAAGUCUAACAACCACCAAAGCCACAGCACCAACAGCAACAGCUGCACCAAGCACCAAACUCGCUAUGUCGAACGUGAAGAUGAUAACGAGAUCUGCUUCUCUGUUCGUUCAAUCCCAUCUUGCAACAUCUCUUGCCGCCACAACAAGAUGAUUGGCAAGUCCGUGGAAGUCCACUGUGUCCCAAGGACAAAUGUCUCUGAAAUGUGGAGGAACCAAAUCCAAAAGGGCGCCAACCCAGAUUUCAGCCAAAAGGCUGUUCACAAGUCCCUCAAGAUGGAAGUCCCUGAUAACUGCUACAGGAACUGAGUUUAAAAUUCAAAGCGACCCCCGAUAUAAUAUUUAUUAGCAUUCCAAAAAUGUAAAAAAAAUAAUAAAAAUAA